AUGCGCGUGCUAGUGACGGGAGGAGCGGGCUUCAUAGGGAGCCACACAACGCUGGGAUUACUCAUGCAAGACAAGCAGGGAGACCAAGAGUCCUACGAAGUUGUUGUGGUGGACAACUUCAGCAACUCAUCGCCAGAAUCGUUGAAAAGAGUCAUGGAAAUCACGGGAAAGACCGUGGAAUACCAUGACUUGGAUCUCAGGAACAAGUCUGCAGUGAAAGAAUUUUUUGACUCUCAGAAGCAAAAGUUUGAUGCAGUUGUUCAUUUUGCCGCGCUCAAAGCAGUCGGAGAGUCGGUGCAGAAACCGCUUGAGUACUAUGAGAACAACUUGACUGGUGCCCUCAAUCUCCUCGAGUGCAUGCGGGAAAGUGGGUGCAAGGCCAUCGUGUUUUCCUCCUCUGCCACUGUGUACGGGAAUGCAACCAAGGACUGCGACAAGAUUACCGAGGAUGCUCCAAUCAGUGCGACGAAUCCAUAUGGACGCACAAAGCUCUUCAUCGAGGAGAUCUUGAGAGACCUUUGUAAGUCCGACAAGGAUUGGAAGGCUAUCAAUCUUCGGUACUUUAACCCAGUUGGUGCACACGAGAGUGGCAGAAUCGGCGAGGACCCUGCAGGCAUUCCUAACAACUUGAUGCCAUAUGUUUCCAAGGUUGCUGUCGGCAAGCUCGAGUACCUGACAGUGCACGGAAACGAUUAUCCCACCCCAGACGGAACCGGUGUUAGAGAUUACAUCCAUGUCAUGGAUCUUGCUGAAGGUCACAUCGCUGCCAUCAAGAAGUUGUCAUCACUACAGGGGGAGAUCACCGUGAACCUCGGAACAGGCCGAGGUUACAGCGUAGUUGAGAUGGUGGAGGCGAUGAGGAAAGCGAGUGGAGCUGAAAUCCCUUACAAGAUUGGCCCGCGCAGGGAGGGAGACGUUGCGAUGUUGUGUGCAAGCACCGAGAAGGCAAAGAGAGAGCUUGGGUGGGUUGCUAAGAAGAACCUAGAAGACAUGUGCAACGACUUGUGGAGAUGGCAGAGCGCGAACCCCAACGGGUACCGUCAGUAG